UGGCUUCAUGAGUCAGUCUUGGAACAGAUAUGAAGAACAAGCUCAGUUGGCGGUCAAGAAAAAUCCAUUUUAUUUCCAACUUGUGGCAGAAAUCGCCAAUCAACCCAAUCAUACAGAUAUUCGAGGGGACAUUGCCAUUGAUGAUAUCUUACUCUCUGUAAAGUGCCAGCGUUACCAGGGAGAGUUUUCAACCACAGAGGCUUCUUCAACUCCGGGAGUCGAAUGCUUAACAAAUGAAUUCGAAUGCUCUCCAGGCGAAUGCAUUUCCCUCGAAAAAGUAUGUGACUUCAACCAGGAUUGCCAAUCAGGAAUGGAUGAGAAAGACUGCGGCUCUUGCAAUUUUGAAUAUGACCAGUGUGCAUAUGGGGAUGCUAGUGCCGUGUUUUACUGGGAACGACGCUCUCCUUCAGAAGAUCAGGGACAAGGACCACCUGUGGACCACACCUUGGGAGAAGAAGGCCAUUUCAUGACCACUUUGCAAACUGAAGGCGAAUUGAACAGUCAAGCCACUUUAGCCAGUCCAAAGCUCGCCAAAUUGCUCUCUUUGUGUCAAGUUAGGUUUUGGUAUUUUGUCCCCGAUGUAGAAGACUGCCAUCCAUCUCUUGAACUGUCCAUUGGAAGCAAUGAUGAUGACACCCACCAACUGAUGCAUAUUAAAGAAAUGUCCCAAGGACAAUGGACCCAGGAAGCAGCGAGCUUGGGCCACCACGAUCCGGGACAAAAACUGGCUUUCAAGGCCUUCAACGGAUGUGCAAAUCAAAGCCAAGUGUGCCCGUGCAGUGUUUCCUUAGACGACUUGAAGCUUCAAUCUUGUAACCAAGACGUCUCUGUCUUUGAUUGCACUUUUGAUCAGGGUGACUCAUGCCAAUGGACUGAGGAGCAGAGUGAAACUGGAGGGUGGACCAUCACCAAUGAGACCUAUUCUGACCAUACCACAUCCAACGGUAUGAUGGCCACUCUCAACCUCAACACCGAGGUGGGUGCAGAGGCCAUUUUGAAAUCACCCUCCUUACCACCAAACGCUCGGUUUUGCCUCUCCUUUUGGCUACACAUGUAUGGCCAAGCACCCGGUUUGUUGAGAGUAGAAUUGGAAAGCGACAUCCCCAAUGACGAGGAGGCUGUGGUUUUGUGGGAGAGGUCUGGGAGUCAAGAUCAGACUUGGAUCGGCAUCCAGAUCCUAAUACAAAGCCCUUGGCCAUCACGGAUUGUCUUCCUUGGUGUGGGAUCUGAACCUGGCUCAACCGAUGUCUCUGUGGAUGACUUUAAGCUGUCCAAUGGCGCCUGUCCCAAACAAGAGACGUGUACCUUCGAAAUUGGCUAUUGUGAUUGGCACCAUGCGAAUUCGAGCUUUUCUUGGACUCGAGACUCGGCGUCCCAUGCCUUGGACCCCGUCCCACCCAACGAUCACAGUUUGCAGACAGAUCAAGGACACUUUUUGUACUUGGACAGCUCAGAGAGCGAAGUUGGGGCUUCGGCCAUUCUCAGAUCGAGCUCUCGAAAGCAUGAAGGAAAGCAUUGUAUCAAAGUAUGGUACUUUAUGAGGUCAAUUGUUAGUGAACUCUCCAUCCUACAAUUGGACAACGAGAACAUCACCGAGCUCUGGAAAGAUAACUUGGACCAUGGGAACUUGUGGCGGUUGGCCUCGGGCACAUUAGACGGAAAUCUAUAUCCCGACGGUUAUUGGAUUGACAUUUUAGGACUCACUGGGAGCAACGACUCCGUUCUGGCCAUUGACGAUGCUGAAGUCAUCGAGGGCUCUUGUCCUCCUGCCGGUCAUUGCAACUUUGAGCGAGAUCUUUGCGGCUGGAUCAACAACCAAGAGAACACCUUCAAUUGGCUUAGAUACACGUCUUCCGAACCAUCCUCAGACGGGAUAUUUGGACCGCCUUUGGAUCACACUUACGGCUCGACGGAGGGACACUCUUUGGUGGCAAAUAUGAAUGGUCAGGAGGCGGGGAGCCAAGCCGAACUCUUCUCCGAUGCAUUUGAGUCAACGAAUCAAUGCAUCUCAUUUUGGUACCAUGCCCAUUUAGCUCCGAACUUGACGAUUCGCGGGGCCGUCAUCGAAAAGGAUGUGACUCUUGAAUUUCUAAACUUAAAUGUUACUUUGGAAGAAUUGGAAUCUUGGACCCAGUUGUAUAGGAAAAUCAAAUUUGAUCCAGAGCAAUCGCCAUUGCACGAAGCGUUUGUUAGUUUGACUUUGGUGUUAAACCAAACACCUGAUUCUAAGAGCAACUCAACUUUUGCUAUUGACGACAUUACCCUGGGCAAAUCAUGCGACGAAUUCAUGCCUACCACAACGACUACUACUACAACGACAUCGACAACGCCCUGGCCGAAUCUGGCCGAUUGCGACUUUGAGGAAGAGAACGAUCCAUUCUGCCAAUGGAGGCCAUUACAAGAGAUUGAUCCCAAUGCAGAGUUCAUUGCGUGGAAGAAGAUGAACCGGUCCACUCCCAACAUUGGUACUGGUCCACCCGCUGAUCACACCUUGAACUCGGGCGAAGGCCAUUAUGCAGCCGUCCUUUCCUACAGUGAUACCGAAGCUCUUGACGUCCAUGCAACUUUGAUCAGUCCAGACUUGAUCCCAGACCAGGAUCAAGGUUUGUGCUUCCAAAUGUGGUAUUUCAUGUAUGGAACGGAAGUCAAGACGUUGGAAGUACGAGCCAAAGAUCUGACCGAGGUGGUUUGGGAGGCCUCUUACAGCCAAGGCCCUUCAUGGAAGAAAAUGAUCUUGCAUUUUGACGACGUGAAACCGUUCACAAUUGGAAUUCGAGCAUUCACGGGGAACGGGGACCAAGGGGACAUUGCUAUUGACGACAUCAUUGCUUAUGCUGGUCAAUGUCAGGAAUCCCUCGAGUUCUGUGAUUUUGAACAAGACAUGUGUGAAUUCCACGUGGGCCCUGAGAGCGAAUCUUUGCAUUGGAGGAGAGUAAGGGCGGACGAUGCUGAUCACGAAUCCCCAUUGAAGGAUCACACUUUAAAUACCGGAUAUGGGCAUUUCGCUACCACUGAAGUCAAGCAAGCUAAUACUUCAGUGAGUGGCACUUUAACCACACGCUCCUAUCCAAGUGGAACCAUUUGCGUCGACUUUUGGUACUUUUUCUCUGGAGCAUCCCAAAAAUUGGAAAUUCUGAAACGGGCCAGUCUGGACUCGGAUCCAGUGGAACCGCCUCUUUUAAUCAUGGAAUACCUCCAAGCCCACUUCUGGAUGAAACAACGCGUACGGUUGGAAGAGGAGUCGGACUUCAUGCUAACCUUUCGAGCCAUUUUGAAUUUGGAUCAAUUAGAGGGGCAAUCGAUGAGCCUGGAUGACGUGGCCUUUGUCACAGAUUGCGAACCGAGUUCCGACAACGGAAGUUGCGACUUUGAAUUCGACACAUGCGGAUGGUCUCCCUAUGUUUGGGACGAACUACAUUGGAUACAGGCAUUUGGACAGGUUCACCCUGAAUUCGGACCACACGUGGACCACACACAAUCGAAUGAAUUUGGCCGCUAUUUGUAUGUUGCCUCUGAUCCCAACUCAGGUUAUGGAGCGGCCAUAGCAUCUCCUGUCUUUCCAAACGCCGACAAGUGUUUCACGGUGUGGACAUGGCAAGAGAACGAAGUCACGGUUCGACUGGAUAUCAUCUCUGGUUUGACGCGAUCUGGCCUCCCUGUGGGACCAAUCUCUCCCACUCAAAAUGGAAUUUGGGCGCAAGUGGCUCUUCAAUAUGACAUGGUGUUUCCAGAAUCGAAAACGGUGUUCUUUGAAAUUCACGCCAACUUUAGAGGAGUAUUGGCUAUGGUUGCCAUUGACGACAUUGUUAUCGAGGAUGGACUGUGUUCAGACGUGGGAUUCACCACCACCAUGAAUCCGUGUAUUUUGGAAUGUGAUGGCCAUUGCAUUGGAGAGGGGCAAGUUUGUGACUUCACUUCAGAUUGUGUAAAUGGACAAGACGAAGCUAAUUGCAGCAACGAUUGCGAUUUCGAGGCUGAAAAUGGUGACGGUGAUCCUUGUGGAUACGAAGGUGAUCCAAACGGAUUGUGGCGAUGGACAUUGAUUCAUGCCGGAGAUGAACCCAAUUUUGGGCCGCCAUCUGAUCACUCUUUCAGGGACCAAGACAAUACCGGGCACUACUAUUGUAUAGUCCAAGGCGAUGACCAAAACAUUGACAAUGAAGAAGCUUCUCUGACUUCAGCAACCUUCCAGCAAGCUUACUACACGUGCAAGAUCAAAUUCUGGUACCACAUGGCUAACAGCACCGAUUCUGCUCGGGAAUAUCGAGGCCCAGAGUCUCGCUUGAAACUCAAUGUUGUGCAUAAGGAUUUCGAGUCACCGAUAUUUCAUGUCAAAGGCGAUCAAGGAUACCAAUGGCACGGGGUGUUACUUCAAGUAGGACAUGUGGAGCAGCCGUUCAAGAUCCGAUUCCAAGGGUCUAUUGCGGAUGGCGAGCAUUUGGCCCUGGACGAUGUGGAACUCGUGGAUUGCGGAUUGCCACCAAUUGCGGAGGAUUGCCUUCUGGAAAAUCAGUUCCAGUGUCAACGUGGAUCCUGCAUUUCCCAAGACUUCCUGUGUAACUUUGAGGACGAUUGUGGUGAUUGGAGCGACGAGGACGAGGCGCUGGCUCAUUGUCAGGAUUAUGUUGGGAGAUGUUCUUUCGAAGACGGGUCCAUUUGUGACUGGAUCACCCCAUCAGAUGGGGUUGAUGGGGAAGAAGAAGACAACAAUAGUUUGUCUUGGACAAUCACAUCAGGCCUAGACACCGAAAUGGGACCCUUCCAAGAUCAUUCAACGAAUAGCCCAAAGGGUAAUUUCUUGUAUAUUGACACCACGAAGAGCAAGCAAAGCGUCAUUGAAAGCCCACCAAUUUACUGGAACAAGUCUUAUGUCACGCCAAACGGAGGAGAGAACUUGCCCUGUCUAUUUCGCAUGUACUACUACUUUUAUGGAUCCGAUUUAGCUUCUCUGGAGGUGAUUGCAACCACCUAUGAAAACGGGCCCUAUCAAACCCUUUGGAUGCACGACGAGAGUGUGGGAUUAUUCUGGGAGUACAAAGAGAUUCUUCUCCGUGAAAUCGACGGCCUGAAAUUGAGGGUGGUGGCCAAGACGCAAUUAGAUGCCAAGAUUGGCAUUGCUCUGGACGAUCUCUCUUUCUCGUCCAAUUGUCGGCCUCUGGAAAAACCACUCCCCCCUUUUGUAACUGAGGCACCGCCCACUCCCGCCCCGUGUGAACCGAAUCAAUACGAGUGCUCCGAUCAGGCAUGCAUUAUGAUGGACUCGGUUUGCAACUUUGCAUAUGACUGUAGUGACGGUGGUGAUGAGCAUUUUUGUGCUCAAUGCGACUUUGAACCUCCUCCAGAUGGUUGGGGAUUGUGCGGAUGGUCCGAUAUCAGCACUGGAUUCCUUCGUUGGGAGCUGAGAAAUCUCGAGCCCAUUUUCCGGCAAGGGCACGGCAUGCAAGUUGAAGAAAAUGUGGGUGGAGUCAGUGACAAAGCCGUCUUGAGAUCCCCCAAACUAGGAGCGGUCCAAUCACAAUGUCUCAUGAGCUUUGAAUACGUGAAGAACGGAGGAGGAGAUGGGAGGGUCCAAUUAACGCUGGAUCUGAUCACCUCCGAUGGCGAGAGAGUUCAUAUUUGGAAUGAGCAAAAUGAUCCCGGAAGUGAAGUACAACUCCAAGAAAUAGUCAUUGGUCAAAGAGAUCCUGGAUGGAGGUUAGAAUUCAUAGGAUUGUUCAUCUACGACCAAGCCAUCGUGGUGGUGGACAAUGUCCAGUUCACCAAUUGUACUCAACCCCCACCCGAGGAAUGCCAAAAUGGCCAAUUCACGUGUCAAAAUGGAGGCUGCGUGGCACAAACCGAGUUGUGCGAUUUCUCCAAUGAUUGCGGGGAUGGCUCGGACGAAGCACCCAUCUUGCAAGAAUGCCGUAAAUACGUGGACCGGUGCUCUUUUGAAAAGGAUUGGUGCCAAUAUGAAACCGACUCAGAGUCUGACGUUGAAAUUCGAUUGGUCUCUCCUAGUACCACCACUGAGGGAGAAGGUCCGGGAGAAGAUCAUACGUUAGGACUACCUGAGGGCCACUUCCUUUUUGCCAAGGGCUCUAAUAACGUAACAGCCAAAGCCCGGAUUCAUGGCCAAACUAUGAGACCAGCUGUUCGAUCUGACAGUUGUGUGUUCCGAUAUUGGUAUCGCUUUGAUGAUGAUCGUAGCAAAAUCCAACUCUUUACUAGGGACGUAAAUUCGGGGGAGGAGCAGCCUUUGGGGGUCCAGCAUGGAUCGGAGGAGUUUGGUUGGAUCCGUGGCAAGACAGAUUAUUUGACAUGGACGCACAAUUGGGAGCUGGUCAUCGAAGUUGUGAAAGGCGUUGGAAUCGGAUCUGAAGUUGGCUUGGACGAUUUCAGCUUUACCCCUGGAUGUGAACCAUUCCAUUCAGGAUCUGCUUGCUUUGAUAAUGAAUUCGACUGCGGAAACUUCAUUUGCAUUCCCAAGGAACAAGUGUGCGACUUCGUUCCGCAAUGCCCUAAUGGUGUGGACGAAGCCUUGUGUCCAACUAAGUGUGCAUUUGAAAACAACACCUGCUUUUGGGAAGAGGACAGUAACGUGGAAAUGGAUUUCCAUUGGGUCAUUGCGUCAGCUAAUAACCCAGAAAACGGAACAGACAUUCAUGGACCAAUUCAAGAGCAGGAGGGCAACUUCCUCUUUUUAUUGUAUCGUUCAGAAUCUGGAUUAGAUCUGGGAACGGUCUCUCCGAAAAUUACAAGCCAAGGAUAUCGAAAUGCGGCAAGUACUUGUCAAUGGCAUUUCUGGGCCUUCAUUAAUGGAGACACAGGAUCAUUCAUUGAGGCUGUGCUUUUGGAUCUGGAAAUGAAAACGACCGUACCUCUUAUGGUCUUUGGACAGAACGAUCAAGUGAAGAGUGACACUUGGGCCCAUGUUUCAAUCGGUUUGGGGCGUCGGCAACACAAAUUCGAGUUGGUUCUCCAAAGGGAAAGUAAUAUUCACUACGAUGCCGGCGUUGCUUUUGACGAAUUUGUCCUAGAUCGUUGCGCCAUUCCACAAAAGCCCUCCGGAACUUGCGAUAGCACGUCCUUCAUUUGCGCGACCACUGAGUAUUGCUUGUCAAUUGACCAUGUAUGCGAUUUCGUGGAUGACUGCGGGGAUGGCUCAGACGAGAAGGACUGCUUUGAUUCGCCGCUACAACAGAACUUUGAGUUCUCGUUCGAGGAGUCUAUUUUUGCCAAUGACCCUGACAACGAUUUCCAAUGGGACAUUCUCCAGCCUCAAGUGCUUCCCAAAGGAACCAUGCCUUCGUUCGAUCAUACUACUGGCACUCAAAACGGGCAUUAUUUGGCUCCCAAAGAUGUACAACAACUCGAAGCAAAGUCUAAGGGGUCCAUUCAUUCCGUACCCCUCGAAGCUAAUCAGAAAUGCACCGUUCGCUUUUACGCUCACAUGUUGGGAUCGGACAUUGGACAAUUGACCAUCUAUCACAGAUAUGAGGACGGGACUUUGUUUGAGUAUGUGCCUGAUCUGAAUGGCGAGGACAACGUGAACGAAUGGACGUUCCAAGUAGUUAAAUUUGACGUCCAAAGCCCAUUUCAAUUCGUUCUUCAAUACAUGAUGCUCCAAGAAGGCAAGUCCAACAUUGCCAUAGAUGACAUUUCAUUCACAAAUGACUGCAAAAUCUACAAUGGACCGUGGAAUGGCGGUGGAAGCUGCGAUGGGGACCAAUUUACUUGUACACAUAGUCGGCAAUGCAUUCCAAAGUAUGAUGUAUGCAACUUCCGUCCUGAUUGCGGUCCAACCGAUUUAAGCGACGAGGCAGGGUGCCCAUUGGAUUUUUGCACAUUUGACGAUGAAACCACUUGCGGAUGGCGGGUUCACUCAGACGGAUCCGAAAUUGGAUGGGAAUUGGCCACAGGCGCCGAAGAAACGGACUCGUCGGCACCCAAGCCCGAUGUAGAUGUCACUGAAGGUUCUGAAGAGGGAGUUUACGUUUGGGCCAAACCCUCUGAUGAGGUUUCUGGAGGGCUGCAAUCGCAUUUGUACACAUCUCAGUUCGGAGAAUUGGCGCCACAAUGCAAGCUCGUUUUCUUCUACUGGAUGAAUGGCACAGAUCUUGGAACACUAUCGGUUACUAUUCAAAACAAUCUGAAUCAAGUGCUCAUUUGGAUGGAAAGUGGCAAUCACGGGCCGUUGUGGCGUGAACAAAUCAUCUUUAUUGGUCACAAAGCUUUCUUCUCUCUGAGUAUCAAUGUGGAACGAGGAGAUGCCUAUGGCGGCUCCAUGGCCAUUGAUGGGAUCAGCUUUGCGGAUUGCCGGCCGGAAGAUCCUCUGCCUCCGGGUCAAGAAUGCCCGCGUCCAGAGACAGAUUUCCGUUGCCAGAACCUGGAGCAAUGUUUGGCAGAGGAGUUGGUGUGCGAUUUCGCGGAAGACUGCAUGGAUGGCUCUGACGAACGUUAUGACACUUGUGUUGGCUACAAGAACCGAUGUGAUUUUGAAGUUGACUUGUGCGAUUGGACCAACGAUAAAGAUGAUGACCUCGAUUGGACGUUGGUCAAGGCCAGUGGAAAUCCCAUAAGAGCGGGACCUGAUGUGGACCAUACGUCCAUGAUGGCUGGAGGUCAGUACCUGUUUGCGGAUAUAAACUCUCCGGAUGAGAGUGGCGGGAAAGCUAGAUUGAGCUCCAAGGUCUUCCAAAGUGGGAGACGUAAAUGCAUGCUUCGAUUUUUCUAUUUCUUCCCUGAUGGCAAUGACCACGAGCUGAUAAUCUAUAAGCGGUUCAGUUAUGAUGAGAAUGGUCUGAAAGAAAUCAUGCAAAUCAAGGAGGCCUCGUCCAGCUUCUGGAAUUCGGGACAAGUAUCAUUAGAUGAUGAGACCGUGGAUGAGAAUCAAGAUUUUCAAUUAGUGAUAGAGGCCAACUUUCUGACCAAUACGACUGUGACCUCUUUGGCUCUCGACGACCUCUCAUUCAACUUGGAGUGCACACUCAGUCACAAUCAAGAACUUCCAGGAGGGUCUUCGACCACGCCCAAGCCAACUGAUUGCGGCGAAGAAGGCCGCCUUUCGUGUGGUAACGGUCAAUGUUACACCGAGGAGCAAGAGUGUAAUUUCCAACAAGAUUGCGACAACAACGAAGAUGAAAAGUCAUGCUCCUACUCUUGUGACUUCGAGAACUCAUGGUGUCAUUGGUUUGAAAGUGACGGUUCGGCUACAUGGGAAUCGAGCACGGACAAUGGUGAUCACACGGUUGGAGGAGUGACUCAUCUGGCCAUUCAGAAUGGUGACCCGCAAGCACCUGCUGGACGGAGUGCUAUCCUCAGAUCGACCUUGUUCCACGAUUCGGGCUCCAAAUGCGCACUCACCUUCUGGUUCAGAACGAAGCAAGAUGGCCAAAAAUAUCCGCCGGCCGUCAAAGCUAUCAUGAAAACCGUUUAUGGCUCUCAUGAGCUCUUUGUCCACCAACACACCAAUGAGGAGGCCACUUGGAUUCAAGGCCGUGGUGAGAUUGGACAAGCCAAAGAGUUGGAACUCAUGAUUCAAGGUAGUCUUGGUGGCGGGUUGUCCUACGUAAAUAUCGAUGACGUGGCUUUGGAGAGUUGUGAUGCGGAUCAAGAGAUCAUAUUUUGUUCAGACUUGGAGUUCCAAUGUCUCAGCCAAGAUCAAUGCAUUCCAAGACAAUACCGUUGUGACGAGAAAUUCGACUGCUUGGACAAGAGUGAUGAAUCCAAGUGCCCGAAUGUGGCUGGAGAUUGUGCUUUCGACAACGACAGGUGGACUCCUGAAACUUGCCAUUGGACCCAAUUGUCAAACGAUGAAUUCGAUUGGCGCUGGGCAAGCCAAGUGGAUAACGGACCAGAUAAUGGACACUACAUCCUGGACGGUCGGCGGAGCCUUGAUAACUUCUUCAUUUUUGCUCCGGCCAAGAACAUCACCGAAGGCUACACCGCAGCUAUAGCCACGCCCUCGUUCCCCAGUUCGAACAUGGUGUGUUUUGUCCGAUUCUGGUAUUUCAUGCAUUAUGAGGAGCUUCUGGGCGAACCUGAUGGAAUGGGCCGACUCAACGUUUAUCUUGAAGAAAUGGAAAGCGGACGCAUGCUCAAGUUGUUUGCAGCCAUUGGAUUGAAACCAAAGGGUUGGCAGUAUGAGUCCAUCGAAUUAGGAUCGACUAUGGAGUUCCGUGUCGUAUUUGAGGCUAUCAAAGGCAUGAAUGAUAAGGCCAUCAUUGCAUUGGACGAUGUGACCUUCACUCCCGAGUGCGAAACCGGAGGUUCGCCCACGACGCCAUCUCCUUGUCAACCAGAGGAAUACCAAUGUUCAUCCGAUAAUGAAUGCAUUCCACUUGUUUUUGUCUGCGAUUGCAAUCCAGAUUGCUCAAUGGGCGAGGAUGAAAAGAAUUGCGAUCCCGAUCCGAACUGUCCAACCACCAUGGAAACCACACAACCAAGCUCAUCGUCUUCCACACAAGAGACUUCCACGACUGUAACAACGCCAGAGGGUCCCCUUUGUGACCAAGAACACUUCGAUUGUGGCGGAAGUACGUGCAUCCCAUCAUUUUAUCUCUGUGAUGGAGUAUCAGAUUGUUCCAACGGGAUUGACGAAGAUCGUACUUUCUGUCCCACGCAACCUUGUGAACCGGAUUAUUACUUUUGCCAAAAUGCGAACCUUCAACAUCCGUGCCUUGGCAUCAACUUUCAAUGCAAUGAUCAAAUUGACUGUGACAACGGUUCAGACGAGUCCGUGUGCGGGUACUGUCCCAAAGACUACUGUCUAAAUGAAGGGCAUUGUUCUUUGUCGACCCGUGGAGUUCCUGUUUGCGAGUGCGAGGAUUCGUGGGAGGGAAACCGUUGCCAGUUGGGAGAUGAAGACAACGAUGUCAAUCGAAUGAGUCUUGACGUCAUUAUUCCUGUUGUUGCGAUAAUUCUAGUUCUCGGAGGAGGGGUGGCUGGUUACGUCGUUUAUCGACGGCAAAAGACCAAAACUUCUUCAGACACGAGCGAAAGGGGCUUUGUGAACCCGUUUUUACGCGGCCCAAUCCUUGAAGACGAAAUUGGCAUACUUGAAGAGUUCCAAAUGGACGAACUUGGAGGAGCAGGCGCGAGUUUCAGCGACAGGUCUUCGAAAGCGAGAAAAAUUGGGGACAAAGAUUCCAAGAAAGAGGAUAGUCAUGAUGCUCCUCCAGUUCUGGAUGGUCCCAUGAGUGUGGAAAAUCCCAUGUUUUUUGGACAGUGAUCUUAAUGAAGUGUAAAAUUGCAGAAUAAUGUUGAACCGAAAAAUACACAAGGAAAAAGGGCAUCGUUAUUGAAAGGAGCAAACAAAAUGUUUGAAGAUUGAGUCAGAAAUAUACCUUCUCUAGCGGUAUAUUCACGACCGAUUGACGAGCUUAUGAUUGAAUUUGAAGGCCAAACAUGUCUCUCCACAUCUUACGAAAGAUUUGGGCUGCCUGAAAUGUUCAUUCGCAAGAGUUCAUCUCAUGGGGCAUUUUGUGUAUAUGAACAUGCUAUUGAUAGAAAUACAAGAAUAUGAGGGUA